UUGCUUUCCUGAAAGACGCUCGGACCGGGGAGGGAGCCCGCUCAAGCGCGUGCCUUGGUCUCCUAGGAAACGACGCCGAGCGCGGGCCGGAGCUGGGUGGGGUUGCGCGUGCGCAGUGCGCGGUAUUUGCAGGGACCCAAAGUAAUGGCUGUGGACGUUUGAUUCCAACAGAGGAUGGCGCAUUUCUCCAGCGAAGACGAGGCGAUGCUGCAGGCCAUGCUGAGGCAGUUGUUCCUGAGCGUGAAGGAGAAAAUCACGGGUGCUCCGUCCCUAGAGUGCGCCGAGGAGAUCCUCUUACAUCUGGAGGAAACUGAUGAAAAUUUUCACAACUAUGAAUUUGUGAAAUACCUUAGACAGCGCAUAUGCAACACUCUGGGGUCCAUGAUUGAAGAAGAAAUGGAAAAAUGCAUAUCUGAUCAGAAUCAGGAUGAUGAAUCUGGCUAUGACACAGUAGUACAGCACGUUACUAAGAGAACUCAGGAAUCUAAAGAGUACAAAGAAAUGAUGCAUUCCCUGAAGAAUGUUAUGAUGAUAGUGGUGGAGUCUAUGAUUAACAAGUUUGAAGAAGAUGAGAUACGAAAUCAAGAACGGCAGAGAAGAAUCCAAAAGGAGAAAAGUCAUAGUUAUUGCACAGACAAUUGCUCUGAUAGUGAUUCAUCAUUCAAUCAGAGUUACAAAUUUUGUCCAGGAAAAUUGCAACUGAUUUUAGACCAGUUGGAUCCUGGGCAACCUAAAGAGGUGAGAUAUGAAGCCUUACAAACCUUAUGUUCAGCUCCUCCAUCUGAUGUCCUGAAUUGUGAAAAUUGGACUUCUCUCUGUGAUAAACUAAAAGUGGCUCUAUCAGAUCCUGAUCCAGUGUUUAGUGACCGGAUUUUAAAAUUCUAUGCACAGACAUUUACGCUUUCACCAUUACAUAUGACUAAGGAGAUUUAUACAAGCUUAGCUAAAUAUUUGGAAGUAUACUUUCUUUCUAGAGAAAAUCAUAUUCCUACACUUUCAGCUGGUGUAGAUAUAACUAAUACUAAUAUGAUCCGCUUACUUAAAAAGGUUCGUCUUCUAAAUGAGUAUCAGAGAGAGGCUCCUUCUUUCUGGAUUCGUCACCCCGAGAAGUAUAUGGAAGAAAUUGUGGAGAGUACUUUGUCUUUGUUGUCAGUUAAACAUGAUCAAAGCCAUCUCAUGUCACAGAAGGUUUUGGAUCCAAUCUACUUUUUUGCAUUAGUCGAUACCAAGGCUGUGUGGUUCCAAAAGUGGAUGCAUGCAUAUUAUAGCAGAUCUGCAGUAUUAAGACUUCUUGAAAAGAAAUAUAAGUCUCUGAUAACUACAGCAGUUCAGCAGUGUGUUCAAUAUUUUGAAUUGUGUCAGACCAUGAGAACUGGUGAAAUUUUGGAACAAUCAAAGCAUUGUGGGAACAGACAGAAAACUUUCUACUACUCAGGACAAGAAUUACAGUAUAUUUAUUUCAUCCACUCACUAUGCCUGUUAGGAAGAUUACUGAUUUAUACACAAGGCAGAAAACUCUUUCCUGUAAAGCUGAAGAAUAGAAAAGAUUCAGUGUCCCUAACAGAACUGCUGGUUUUGUUUACCCAACUUAUUUAUUAUUCACCAAGUUGUCCAAGGACAACAUCAGCUUCAGAAUUAGAGAAUUAUUCUCCUGCCAGUAUGGUGACUGAAGUUCUGCAAAUUCUCUGUGAUCAAAAAGAGUGUGCUAUCGAAUGCUUAUAUAACAAUACUGUGAUAGAGGCACUUCUUCAGCCUAUUCAUAAUAUAAUGAAAGGAACAGAGGCUGCUCUGAAUUGCUCUGAAACAGCUUUAACUCAGAUAGCUGAUAUCUUGGCAAGAAUUGCCUCUGUAGAAGAAGGACUUAGUUUACUUCUUUAUGGUGAAAAUAUGAACUCUUCCAAAGAAAACAGUCCUACAGGUGCUCACAUAAUUGCCCAAUUUUCAAAAAAACUUCUUGAUGAAGAUAUUUCUACUUUUUCUGGAUCUGAAAUAUUGCCUGUUGUUAAAGGAGCUUUUAUUUCUGUGUGUCGUCAAAUAUAUGGUACAUGUGAAGGCCUGCAGGUGUUAAUUUCUUAUGGUUUGCAUGAAUCUAUAGCAAAGGUAUGGAAGAAGACAAGUUUUCUAUCAGAGAGAAUUCCUACUCCAGUAGAGGGUUCUGAUUCUGUUUCCUCAGUGAGCCAGGUAUCCCAAAACAUUAUGGCUUGGGAAGAGAAUUUGUUGGAUGAUUUACUAAAUUUUGCUGCCACUCCCAAGGGAUUACUACUUCUUCAAAGAACAGGUGCCAUCAAUGAAUGUGUGACGUUUAUGUUCAACCGAUAUGCAAAAAAACUACAGAUCAGCAAGCAUAGAAGGUUUGACUAUGGUGUUUUGAUUACACAAGUGGCAUCAACAGCAACAGGUGCAAUAGCACUAAAAAAUUCAGGUAAAUUUUUCUUUAAUGUUUACUAUUUAGCAGCAAGUGAUGGAUCAAUUAGUUCAGUCCCUGCCAUUGACAUUGGAGACUUGGCAGAGUUUUACUCUUUAUUUCAGGAUGUUAUUGAUAGACUUAUAGCACUGAAUUCUGAAGCUAAGAUUCGCUCUUUAUUCAACUAUGAACAAUCACACAUCUUUGGUCUAAGGUUAUUAAAUGUGAUAUGCUGUGAUCUGGACACUCUUCUCUUAUUAGAGGCUCAGUAUCAAGUAUCUAAAAUGUUAUUAAACGCACAAGAAGAAAAUACAUUAGAGACUUCCGAGACUCACAGGGAUUUUAUCAUUGAUGCUUUGUCAGUAGAGAGAAACCAUGUUCUUGUUAGAAUAAGUCUUGUUGGUGGGCCAUUGGAACGAAUUUUGCCUCCAAGGAUACUAGAGAAGGGUGAUGAUCCAUAUCCAUGGCCUAUGUUUGCAUCGUAUCCUUUGCCAAAAUGCUAUCUGUCAGAGGCAAAAAGGAAUGUUGACAUAAAACUAGACAAUGAUCUUGGCAACCUUUUAUUAUGCUUCAAAGUGUCUGAUAAACAAACUGAGUGGAUUGAAAACUGCCGAAGACAGUUCUGCAAAGUGAUGAAGGCCAAACCUGAUAUAAUCAGUGGAAGUGCUUUAGUAGAAUUACUUGAAAAAUUUGUGCUUCAUCUCACUGAAAGCCCAUCUGAAUGUUACUUCCCCUCAGUGGAAUAUACAGUUACUGAUGCCAGUGUGAGGAGUGAGAAUCUUUCAUCUGUGCAGCAGCUUGGCAUUAAAAUGACUAUCAGGUAUGGCAAAUUCCUCAACCUGUUAAAAGAUGGUGCAGAAAAUGAUCUUACUUGGGUGUUAAAGCACAGUCAGAGAUUGCUGAAACAGCAGCAAGCUCCUGCAAACUCUUCUCUUCUCUGCCUGCAAGGGAAUUAUGCUGGCCAUGACUGGUUUGUGUCUUCUCUGUUCAUGAUCAUGUUGGGUGACAAAGAGAAAACAUUCCAAUUUCUUCAGCAGUUCUCCAGGAUUCUGACCUCUGCUUUCCUCUGGUUGCCAAGACUACAUGUUUCUAAGUACCUACCUACUGAAACUGUAGAAUCUGGAAUCCAUCCAAUAUAUUUUUGCAGCACUCACUAUAUUGAAAUGCUUUUGAAGGCUGAGGUGCCACUUGUAUUUUCAGCUUUUCACAUGUCUGGUUUUGCACCAUCACAGAUUUGCCUGCAAUGGAUAACUCAGUGUUUUUGGAAUUAUUUAGAUUGGAUAGAAAUUUGCCAUUAUAUUGCUACUUGUGUUUUCCUUGGUCCUGAUUAUCAGGUGUAUAUCUGUAUAGCUAUAUUCAAACAUUUACAACAAGAUAUUCUACAGCAUACUCAGACUCAAGAUCUGCAAGUUUUCCUAAAAGAAGAAGCACUACAUGGUUUUCGAGUGAGUGAUUAUUUUGAAUAUAUGGAAGCUUUGGAACAAAACUACCGGCCAGUGUUGCUGAGAGAAAUGCGGAACAUUCGAGUGCUGAGCGUGUAGAUCAUGAUUAACGCAGUUAAUUUUAUGUUUGAUUUACUUUUAAAGGAAACUAGAGAACUUGGUUGUUUUCUGUGUCUAGAACAGCGUAUUUAUUUUUAUACAGAUAAAUCAAUACUGAGAUAUUUCAAAUUUAGUAACUCAAUUUGUGACAAAUUCACUUUUGUAAGUUUUAUUGUGUUGUAAGAUUAUUUAGAUCUAGUUUAUUGGUAGUUCUUAUUUAUGUAUAGGAGUUAGUCCCCAUCUACAACUACUUCUUUACCAGAUGAUUAAAAUAUUUUUCCCAGUGAGUUUGGAAAGUAGCAGCUAUAUUGUAAAUGACUGACUGGCCAGAGAGAAUCCAUAGACACAAGGGAGAACAUUUGUUUUCUCUUGCUUGUUCUAGCUGCACAUCCAAAAGAAAAUAGACAAAACCCUAACUGCUUGUUUUACAUAUGAAGGAGCAAAUGGUAUUUGUCAUGGCAAGUAGCAGAAAAAACUACUUUCCUGAAACAUAAUUGUUUUUUUAGGAGUUGCUUUUGAUACCUAUAUCAAUUUAUAUUUUUUCAUAUGAAAUGUAGUCUUUACAUGCUUCAUUUAAGAGAUAAAUUGGUUAGUUCCUAUUGAUAAGCAUUCUGUUCUUAGUUGUUAUGCAUUUUCCUUUGUGAUAGAUUUGAUUUGUACUGAACUUGAAAACAUUAAGAAUGGAUUUCUAAAUUAUUUUAAAUGAGUAACACUGUUUCAUUUUAUUUAAAUAGAAGUUUCUGUGCCAGUAACAUUACUAUAAUACAUGAAAGUCUAUUUUAUUAUAUCACAAUGUCACAUUGAAUAUAAGAAAGAAAAUUACAAAUAUAUUAAAUUAUUUUUUUCAAUCUUCAACUAAUUUUAACUUUUUUUUUUUAAAUUGUAGAGGCUGUUCAAUGUUCUUGACUUGUAUUUGAAUGUAGAUUGUAUAUCUCUUGUCCAAAAUACUUGUGACCAGAAGAGUUUCAAAUCUGGGAUUUGUUAACAAUUUGAGAAUUUUUGCAUAUAAUAAAAAAAUGCAUUGGUGAUAGUCACCAAGUUUAGACAUGAAA